AUGUUUUCUCACUGUGUCUCAAUCGUUGCAAAUCCUUCUACUGUUGUGUGGCGUUUGCGUAGACCCGUAGUUAUGGGUGGAAGUAAAUCUGGCGGGAGUGAUGAAGUUGACGCUUCUCCACCCAGCAGGGGGAAUGUCGUCUGGUGUUCUCAAUGGAAGACGACUUUAAUCAUGAUGAACGUUUUUCUUCUACUUGUACUGUUGAUUUUGGCUCCAAUGAUACUUAAACUCUGGGUCGAGUUUGAGAGGUUAGAAACCGAGUUAGAUGAAAGAAUUGAAAGCAUGGAGAAGACCUUGAUUAGUUGGGAUCGGUUAGAAUGGGACGAAGUGAGAGAAAUUAUUAAGAAAGAGAUUGCAAAACAUGCUGCUGAUGGGAUCGGUAGAGUUGAUUAUGCAGUGGCAUCUUGUGGAGGGAGGGUAUUAAAGCAUUCCAAGCCUUCGGUUCUUAGUAGCAGACUUAGUAGAUGGAUUUCUGGGAAUGUUCAUCGUGAUGCUGUGAAGAUGCUACAACCAAGUUUUGGUCAGACUGGUGAAUGUUUCCCAUUAAAAGGAGACAAUGGUUUUGUUGAGGUUAAGCUUUGCACCAGUGUUGUUCCUGAGGCAAUCACCGUUGAACAUGUUUCUAAGGAUUUUCAGAUGGAGGGUUUCGCGACUGGAAAUCGAGGGGAAGACACCUCGGAUCAAUUUUCCUCGGCUGUUAAGCCUCCGACGAAGUGGUUAUCAUUUAUCAAGGGGGUCAUCGAUCUGGGUUACAUCUCCACACCACCGCCGGAUCCUCUAGCUACAGACUGA